CGUGACCCGGGCAGUGUUUUGACAGGGCAAACAGCAGAGAAAGAACUGGGCGAGCGAGGGGGAUCGGGAGCUGGGGCGCCAGAGCUAGAGACAGCGGGCGGGCAAGGAGCUGGCAAAGGCGCAGGGCAAGCGGGCCGGCCGGGGCGACGGGCGGGCGAAGCCCGGGGGCCGCGGGGCUCGGGUGCGAGUCGGGCAGGGGGACGGGCUGAGCGCUGGGAGUGAAGCGAGGCGGCGGCUGAGGCGGGGGUGGAUGGCCACAAGGGCGCCCGGGAGCUGCGUCGGGCUUGUCGUCUCGGGCCCCUAUGGUCCUCUAACGCAGCCCCGGGGGCCGCUGCGCGCCACGUUCCGCUCUCGCCGGCUCUGUGCCUCUCGGAGCCUCGGGUCUGAGGUGGGAGUGUGAUGUGAGCCGCUGGGCGAGCGGCGUAGAGAAGUGCCAAGAGGAGGAGGGCUUGGGACGGGUGAGGAGAGAGAGUUAGUCAGCAGAGGUCGGCCGAGGGAGCCAUGAAAACAACUCUCCGGCGGGAAGAGGGGCUGGCGCGGCGCUCGGUGCGGCGAGGCUGAAGGAAAUCCGGGGCCGCGGAGGGACGGAAGGCGCCCGCAGUGGGCAGGCUGCGCAGAGCAGGGGCGAGUGCCCAGCUGUAAACACCCCUCCUCAGGCUCACCUCAGCAUUUUGAAAACGGAGCUGUAGCCACAGGAUCAGCGGCGAGCUUGUUGAAAGAACCCACAAGUGUAUUUCACAGCACCUUGGGUGGAAAUUGGAUGUGAAAAUGAAGCCAGACCGAGAUACUCUAGAUGAAUAUUUUGAAUAUGAUGCAGAGGAGUUCUUGGUCUCUUUGGCCUUGUUAAUAACAGAAGGACGAACACCUGAAUGUUCUGUAAAAGGUCGCACAGAAAGUUUCCAUUGCCCUCCAGCACAGUCCUGUUACCCAGUAACUUCCAAACAUGAAUGUAGUGACAAGCUGGCUCAGUGUCGCCAAGCCAGAAGAACUAGGUCUGAGGUCUUACUGUUGUGGAAGAAUAACCUUCCAAUCAUGGUGGAAGUGAUGUUACUCCCAGAUUGCUGCUACAGUGAUGAUGGGCCCACCACAGAUGGAAUUGAUCUCAAUGAUCCUGCAAUUAAGCAAGAUGCAUUAUUAUUAGAAAGAUGGAUAUUGGAGCCAGUUCCUCGACAGAGUGGCGAUCGGUUUAUUGAAGAGAAGACUCUUCUAUUGGCUGUCCGCUCAUUUGUGUUUUUUUCUCAAUUAAGUGCUUGGCUGAGUGUUUCCCAUGGUGCUAUUCCACGAAAUAUUCUUUACAGAAUCAGUGCUGCUGAUGUAGACCUGCAGUGGAAUUUUUCACAGACCCCGAUUGAACAUGUGUUUCCUGUUCCUAAUGUUUCUCACAAUGUGGCCUUGAAAGUCAGCGUUCAGUCCUUGCCCAGACAAUCUAAUUAUCCAGUUUUAACCUGUAGUAUUCACACUAAUAUUGGCCUUUAUGAGAAAAGAAUUCAAGAACAUGAACUUAAAGUCCAUCAGCACCGCAAUUCUAGUGAAGUAGAACAAUGUAGUACAAAUAGUUCACAGCGUCUGUGUAGCAAACAAUCUUGGACCAUGGCACCUGAAAGCAUAUUGCAUGCAAAAAAUGGCACAACUCCAGAAUAUAUUGCAGCUGUCAAAAAUGUCAAACUGUAUCCAGGCACUGGCAGUAAAUCUGACUAUGGAACACGUCAAGCCAAUAUUCUGGGCUUCAGUGGUAGAGGAGAUAAAAAGUCACAUGAAACACCAGUGAGAACUUUAAAAUCAUUUUCAAUGAUUGAUUCCAGGGUCUCUAGCCACCAGAGUUCCUGGCAGUCAGUUGGUGAGACUAAUCCUUUAAUAGGCUCUUUAAUUCAGGAGCGACAAGAAGUUAUUGCAAGAAUUGCUCAGCAUUUGAUUCAUUGUGAUCCAAGCACUUCCCCUGUUUCUGGACAUCCAUUUAAUAUGCAAGAGUCUAGUUCACUUAAUUCAAAACUUUUCCGGGUUUCAAAAGAAAAUGAAAAUGUGAGAAAAUGUAAAGAAACUUUCUCCAUUUCCUUUGGUAGUCCUGAGCUUACCUCCUCAGAAGACACCAGUGAGGGAAAAAUUCAAGUAAAACCAGAUACUCCUCGAAGUGAAACUGGCAGUUCCAAUGGUCUUUAUUCUCGUCAGUCUAUUGGUGAGACAAAUCCUUUGAUCGGCUCUUUACUCCAGGAGCGACAAGAUGUUAUUGCAAGGAUUGCUCAACACUUGGAGCAUAUUGAUCCAACUGCAUCACAUAUACCCCGGCAGUCAUUCAACAUGCAUGACUCCAAUUCGGUUCCUUCGAAAGUAUUUAGGAGUACAUAUGAAGACAACAAUUUGUGGAAGAAAAACAAGGAUGUUACCUCUGUUUCCAUUUCCAAUACAAAAUUUUCCUUGUUAGAAGACAGCAGCGAAGGGGAAAACUUAAUACCCAAUAAAUCAUUUAGUUCUUUUAAAUGUAAUGGUAAAGUCGAAUCCUCUUUGAAACCUCAAAUAAGAAGAAAUCUGUAUCAGGACAAUCCUAGUGAAACCAUCCAAAAUACUUUCCAAGAGACACAGAACAAAGCCACUAGUUUAUUGACUCCCUCAAAUAUGCCUCACUGCAAAAAAAAUAACUUAGAUUUGACAGUCAGAUUGGAAAAUACACUUUCUGAGUGUCAAUUUAAGGAGCAAGAAAUUAGCAAUGAAACUGAUAAAAAGUAUUCAAAUUGCAACAGUAUUGACAAACAGAUUUGCACAGAUAAGUAUAAGGAAAAAAGAAUAAAAAAAGAAAAUUCUAAUCCAGAAUAUUUUAAGAAUCAUGAAUUUGAUAAUUCCAAAAAAGAUGACUCAAAAAUAAAAGCUACUAUGUUGGAAAUGUCUGAAUAUUUGAACAAACAUGAAAACAAGUGCUCAAAUAAAGACUCAGAAAGGCCUAAGACAUGUGAGCAAAAUACUCAACUUAAUAGUAUAGAAAAUUAUCUCAAUAAAGAUAAUGAAGUUCGCAAAUGCAAAAAGCCAGACCUAUUAAAAGUUGAACAGGAUAAGAAAGAAGAGAUAAUUGAUGAAAAAUCUCAAAACUGUUCUCAGAGAAAGAAAGUAAAAGACUGUUUGUCUACAUGUGAACGACUGAAAAAUACAGAGGUGUUGCAGAAGACUAUACCACUGAAACAUUCAAGUGUCUGGCGGAAACAUAAUUUUCAUUCCUUAGAUGGGACCUCAACCAGAGCUUUUCAUCCUCGAACUGGAUUGCCUCUUCUCUCAAGUCCUGUUCCUCAAAGAAAGACACAAUCAGGUUGCUUUGAUUUGGAUUCUUCAUUACUGCAUCUGAAAAGCUUAUCAUCUGGAAGUCAUCGACCAUGUUUAAACACUGAAGAUGAUCCAGAUAUUCAUGAAAAACCAUUUCUGAGUUCUAGUGCUCCACCUAUAACAAGUCUUAGUCUCUUAGGAAAUUUUGAGGAGUCUGUCUUGAACUAUCGUUUAGAUCCUCUUGGCAUUGUUGAUGGUUUUACUGCUGAGGUAGGGGCAAGUGGUAUUUUCUGCCCCACACAUUUGACUCUUCCAGUUGAAGUGUCAUUCUACAGUGUUUCAGAUGAUAAUGCUCCCUCUCCUUAUAUGGGUGUGAUUACUUUAGAGUCCCUUGGUAAAAGGGGUUAUCGAGUACCUCCUUCAGGAACAAUACAAGUGACCUUAUUUAACCCUAAUAAGACUGUGGUGAAGAUGUUUGUUGUGAUAUAUGACUUACGAGAUAUGCCAGCUAAUCAUCAGACAUUCCUACGACAAAGAACUUUUUCUGUACCUGUUAAACAAGAAAUGAAGAGAAGUGUUAAUAAAGAGAACAUCCGACAUACAGAAGAACGGUUAUUGCGCUACCUCAUACAUCUGAGGUUCCAGAGUUCUAAAUCUGGAAAGAUCUACCUCCAUAGAGAUGUACGGCUCCUGUUCUCUAGAAAGUCAAUGGAAGUUGAUAGCGGUGCUGCGUAUGAACUCAAAUCUUACACUGAAUCGCCAACAAACCCUCAGUUUUCACCAAGAUGUUGAUAAGGAGUGACAAUUUAAAGCGUUCGCUCAGUACCCAAGUUUGAAAGUAAAAAUUAGCAUAGAACGGAGUGCACCAAUUAACAUCCAGGAGGGUGGAUCCUCUCCUGUUAUCCUGGACCAGUUUUUAUUAAAGGAUUCCUGGAAUGAGAUCCACAUAUUCCAAGUAGACUGGAAACACUCAUGUCCUAAUCCAUUUUGUACUGUUGAAACCACUUCAUUGGACAUGUUGCAAUAGCAACCCCCCCCUUCCCCAAUUAGAUUAGUGUUUACACAUUUUAUUUCUCAGUUAUUUAAUAUUUAAUGUUUUCCUUAAUACUCAAGUGAUGUUUGUCUCUAGUGUUCUAAUGUAGCACAAAUCCUAUGUAAAAUCAUACUAUGUAUUUUUGACAUUAAUGUUGAAAUCCAAAAUAUAUGCACAAGUCUUUAAUUUUGUGUGUGAUGUGUUUUAAGUACUAUUCAUUUAAUUUAUUGAAAAUGAGAAUGAAAUGUUGAGCUUCUUUAAGAUUAACGCACUAUGCAAGCAUGUGUACUUUUUAUAUCUCCAAGGUUUAGUUUUUACAAUAUCCCAUCCUGGUUGCUAUCUCACAUACUAGUCCUGUAACAUGCUGUUUUUGGCAGUGCAACGUGGACUAAGCUGCUUCACAUUCCCUUUGCAAAUUCAGAUCAUUAUGCCCAUUCAUAUUCCUUCUAGAACUCCUUACUCCCAAAACAGUUCUAUUUUUCCUUAAUUGCUACUACAGAAGCUUUACAUUAAAUUGCUGUCCCAUGCUAGAUAACUUUUGCAAAUUGUUAAAAUAUGUACUUUGAAAACAAAUUAAUAUUUAUAUUGUAAAUAUACGCAAAAACAAAGAAACGUGUAUUUGGCUUUUAUUUUUAGAUGAGAUCUUCAUGUGAUUAAGUGAAUUUCUGAUAACCAUCAGACAGUUUCCAUUCUAGCUUUACAGCUGACAAGAGGGGAAGGAAGAUGUCUUGAGCCUCUUCCCCAAAGAAAUUUAUCAUGUUCUUGCUCAGGGUCACAAUAGGAAAACCACUGAGGAAGGGAAUUGAUUGAGUGCAUCAAAAGCCCUCUUUCCAUCCCCGUAAAAAGAAGAAUGGUUUUAGAUGUUUGUGCAGGGACAGUGGACAACAGAUCAGAUAACAAGGCACAGAUACUGGGAAUGCUGGUACAAAGCAACAAGUGCAGGUUAGAGUAUACAUACUACUCAAGUAGGCCACACCAAGAGACCUGGGAGUCAAAGAUCAGGUGAGCGCUUUGGAAUUUUGGAGAUGAGAAGGUCCUUAUAUUGGGACCCAGAUAAUGGAUAGACUAUUCAAGGGAAAUCAGACCAGUGAUGAGUAUGUGACUGCAGGCUGUGGGGUGGCCAGCAAGAAGCCUCUUAUAAAUAACUUUUAAAAUACUUGCUGGGGCAUCUGGUGUCUCCGUCACUUGAGCAUCCAACUUUUGACUUUGGCUCAGGUCAUAAUCCCAGGUGUGGGAUUGAGCCCACAUCCAGCUCCCUGCUGAGCAUGGAGUCUACUCCCCCCCCCUCCCCCGCCCCCC